GUUUUCAUUAUUGAUUCGUUGACUCAGAAGUACCCAACUUUGAUUAAUCGCAGCCGUCGAUCCGUUCGAUCGGCGAUGGAGAAUUCCGACGUGUUCGGCUCAUCAACGGCGCCGCUUACGUGGCACGAUUUCCUCGAGCGCAUGCGCCAUCCCUCCGCCGCCGAAUUUGUCAAAGCCAUCAAAAGUUUUAUAGUCUCGUUUUUGAACAACGCCCCAGAUGAGGAGAGAGACGGUGCAGCUGUGCAGGAUUUCCUUGGCAAUAUGGAAGUAGCCUUCAGGGCUCACUCCCUUUGGGCUGGAUCUUCAGAGGAGGAAUUGGAGAGUGCAGGUGAAGGGCUGGAGAAGUAUGUUAUGACAAAGCUAUUCACUCGCGUGUUUGCUUCAAUUCCAGAAGAUGUAAAAGCAGACGAGCAGCUUCAUGAGAAGAUGGCUUUGGUUCAACAAUUUAUUCGGCCAGAACAUCUGGAUAUCAAGCCAACAUUUCAGAAUGAAACUUCUUGGCUGCUUGCCCAGAAAGAGCUGCAAAAGAUUAACAUGUACAAGGCGCCGAGGGACAAGCUUGUUUGCAUUCUAAACUGCUGUAAAGUUAUCAGCAACCUCUUGGUCAAUGCCUCCCUUGCAUCUAAAGGAGAUCAUCCAGGAGCCGAUGAGUUUCUCCCAGUUCUCAUUUAUGUCACCAUAAAGGCAAACCCACCUCAGUUACACUCCAACUUAUCAUACAUACAACGGUUCAGACGACAAACGCGCUUGGUAGCAGAAUCAGCUUACUUCUUCACAAACAUGCUUUCUGUGGAGUCUUUUAUCAUGAACAUGGAUUCUAAAGCUCUUUCAAUGGACGAAUCUGAAUUCGAAAACAACAUGGAAUCAGCAAAACAGCUGCUGUUUGGCCUCUCUGAGAACUCAGAUGUUCACAGUCAAGCAGAUCAGAAUUUUGAACCACUUCAGGGGGAAGAAUCCAUGGAGCCAAAACCACUUUUGAGUUCUAGGCGACAUCAAGGUCCUGCUAAUACUAUACGGGAUCAUGUCGAGUCAUCCAAAACCAAAUCAAGGAUCAAUGAGCAAGAUGGAAGUGAUACAUCAUCGUCGCUGAAUAAGAUCCCGUCAAUCUCAGACCUCGAAAAUAGAGGAGCUGGCAUGCUGUUGAAGGAAGACGAGGUAAGCCGUGUCUUUCAAGAUUUCCCUUUCUUGUAUUCCCAGGCUGGUGAUUUGACAGUUGGUGAUGUCGAAGAUCUGCUAGGCAACUAUAAGCAACUAGUGUUCAAGUAUGUUAGCCUUGCUAAAGGAUUAGGUGUGACCAACCCAUCUCCUAGUCCUUCAUUACCAAAUUCUCAACACCAUAACUUAGAGCAGCCUGAAGCUGCAAAGGAACCAGAAAACAUAACAGACCAUGCAAUUGAUAAUACCAAAAAUGACCCUCCUAGUGUAGCCAGUGAGUCGCCCAAAUCAUCGGAUGCUGGGCCGGAAAAUACCGAGCCGAAGAUGCUGGAAAAAACAGCUCCUGCACCUCAAGCGGAGGAAGGAAAUGAAAAUCAGAAUCCUCAAUGAUGACAAUUAUGCAGGUCUGAUCAAUUAUGUAUUAUGCAGUUGGUUCCAACUUUUGUUCAAAGGAGCUACUCUUCUUCCAGUUCUUUUUUUUUUUUUCUCAUAUUUUUGCGUAAAUUAAGAUAUGCUAUAGCUGUGAUUAUUUGUACAAUUUGCUUAGAACUUGCUUGUACUUACAGGAAUAUGGACCAUUGUUAUAAAAGAAUCACAGUCUAUGGUGA